UGGUGACGUAAUUGUUGUUUGUGUCUCCAGCUGUUGAAAAGGAGCGAAAACUGACAGCCAGGAGUUAGUCAAGAAAGUUUUCCCACCUCGUGUUUUACUACUUAUAACGUGCCGUGGGAAAAGAAAAGGCUGUGAAAGCAGCACGAUGAAACCCGGAGUAGGUACUUUUAUUGUUCUUUGCAGUCUGAUUUUCCUGGCAAACUGUGCUCCACCACCGACAUGCUAUUCCCGAGUAUUAAGUUAUAGCAAAGAAAUCAUGAAGUUCAUGGAAACGCUUCAAAAAUCCUAUCGUACGAAGUCCUGUAUGGAAGCAUUACCUAAAAUGUAUCUUGAUGUACAUAACUCUUGUAUUAUGCCGAAACUUAGAGAUUUCUUGUAUGUCCUCGAGAAUCUUACUAGACCAGAGUGCCGGGAACGUCCAAGAAUACUGGGUUUGAAGCGUAAAAUCAGAAGUCUUUACAUCAUUAUCAACAAAGUUUGCUAUAGGGACUUGGUGUUUUAUACUGACGAUUGUGAUGCCUUGGUUACUGGUGAAAGCACACCAAGGCAAGGAGGAGACCAACUUCCACUUUAUGAAGAAAGUUGAAAAAGAGAAAUCUUAAGCAAAACAAAAUGUGCUGUUCACCUGAGGUGUAGCCCACUGAAUAAUUGACAAAGUGCAUUUCACGUAGUUGAGGAGGUGUCUCUGCAAAAACGUACCACAGGAUACAAAACUUUCCACAGGAAAUGAACUGAAUGCCUACCAUUCCUCAGAAACCUUCAAAGAAGAAAAUGCAUCUCUUAAAUGAAUUAUAUUUACCACACAGUAAUAGUCAAAGAAAGUUCAGACUAAAAGUGAAAUAGCUGAAGAGUAUUUCCUUGUAUAAACAAAAAAAUAUACAGACUAGACUAAAACAUGAACUCAAAAUUGAGUCCAUUCUACUUAUUAUGCCUAAUUUCAGAAUGUUAACUUUUAUUUCACAUUUUAUUAAACUGCUACCAUAUACUGUAUGUGUGUACCAUGAAUAAUACAUUAUUAUUAUUAUUAUUAUUUUAUUAAAGUUGGGAGGAUUGUAUGCAUUUGGAGGAAAAACUGAUCUGCAUUUGUCUAAGCUUCUUUUGUAGAUUGUGUCUGCAAAUAAGCAUUUGUGUAUUGUUAUUAUUUCUUUUCUGACUGGUAAUUCUACUUUUUACAAUAAAACUGAUAUUUUUGAUUUUGUUAUCAA